ACUUGCUUAUGACUAAUACCAUUUUCAUGCAUGCGUGAAUUUGAGACAGGUUCGAUCGAAAGAGGGGGAUAUCGAAUAUCAGAAUGACUACCUUGCAGGUUUUGGAAAUGGAUUCUGGAGAAAAACGUCUCAAUGAGCUUGGAUACAAGCAAGAACUGAGAAGGGAAAUGACACUGUUCAAGACACUGGCAAUAACAUUUUCAUGCAUAUCAGUGUUUAGUGGGACACCUCUGUAUGGCCAAAGCUUGUAUUAUGCAGGUCCUGCAACCUUAAUAUGGGGAUGGGUGGCUGUCACUUUCUUCACUUGGUUUGUUGCAAUUGCCAUGGCUGAGAUUUGCUCCUCUUUCCCGACAACAGGUUCUCUUUAUUUCUGGGCUGCCCAAUUGGCUGGACCGAGGUGGGGGCCAUUUGCAUCAUGGUGUUGUGCUUGGCUUGAGACCAUUGGAGUGGUAUCUGCAAUAGGUGCUCAGGCAUAUUCUGGAUCACAAGCAUUGCAGAUGAUCAUUCUUUUAGCCACAGGGACAAACAAGGGUGGAGGCUAUUUUGCAUCAAAGGGUGUGUUCUUGUGCAUGUAUAUGGCUCUAAUCAUAAUUUGGGCAGCACUAAACACAUUUGCAUUACAAGUGAUAGCAUAUCUCAACAUCAUUUCCAUAUGGUGGCAGGUAAUCGGUGGGUUGCUUGUGACUAUAAUGCUUCCUCUGGUGGCACAGUCAACACAACCAGCUUCUUAUGUGUUCACUCACUUUAAAACAUCUCCUGAGUCAACUGGAAUAUCUAGCGCACCUUACGCAGUGAUUUUAUCGGUGCUUCUGAGCAUCUACUCUCUAUACGGCUAUGAUGCUGCAGCUCAUCUUACUGAGGAGACAAAAGACGCAGACAGAACUGGACCUGUUGCUAUUCUAUCUAGUCUUGGGAUUAUAUCAGUUUUUGGUUGGGCUUACUACUUAGCCCUGACUUUCAGCAUCAGGGAUCUAGACUAUUUAUACAACACAGACAAUGAGACUGCUGGUGCACUUGUACCAGCACAAAUAAUAUAUGAUGCAUUCUAUGGGAAGUUUCACAAUUCAACUGGAGCUGUGGUUUUCCUGUGUAUCAUCUGGGGUUCCUACUUCUUUUGUGGGCUGUCUGUUACCACCACUGCUGCCCGAGUGGUUUAUGCUCUAUCAAGGGAUAAAGGUAUCCCAUUUUCACCAAUCUGGAGGAAAGUACAUCCAAGGAGCAAGGUUCCAACAAAUGCCGUGUGGCUCUGCGCAGCCAUUGGUUUGCUGCUUGGACUACCCAUUUUGAAACUUGAUGUAGUGUUCACAGCCAUCAUUUCAGUUAGUACAAUUGGCUGGGUGGGCGGUUAUGCAAUUCCCAUUUUGGCUAGGCUGGUGAUGGCUGAAGAAAAUUUCAAACCAGGACCCUUUUAUUUGGGUAGAGCAAGCAGGACAGUUUGCUUGGUGGCCUUCCUGUGGAUAUGCUAUGCCUGUUCAGCCUUCCUAUUGCCAACUUUCUACCCUCUAAGAUGGAAAACUUUCAAUUAUGCACCUGUAGCUCUCACUUUUGUUUUGACACUGAUAAUGCUUUGGUGGGUUUUGGAUGCAAGGAAAUGGUUCAAAGGACCUGUAAGAAACAUUGAUGUACAAGACGGAAACUAACUCAGCUAUAUAGUGGAGUUAGAUUUCUAGGUUAAUUACAACUUAUUUAUAUAACAUUCCAAAAACAUACAGAGAAAUGUUGCACUGCAACUUGUAGUACAGUAAAACUCUCUCUCUCUCUCUCUCUCUCUCUCUCUCUCUCUCUCUCUCUCUCUCUCUCUCUCUCUCUCCAGCCUCCUCUUGGCAUUUAUUCCCAUUGGUUCAGUCCUGUCAAGCUCUUCAUGAUUGAUCCUAUUGUCAAGUUUCGAGUCAAAGUGGUAUAGCAG